AUGCCGGAGAACAAUAGGCUCGGAAAAGAUUACUUUGCUCAACAAGAUGAGAUCGCCAAGGAAAAGCGCGACAAACAACUGCAAAAGAGCGGCUAUGUUUUUGGCGCUCAUGCAGAUGAGGACUCCAUCCGAGACAAAGAUAAAAGAGUACCCAAGACCAAGAGGAUGUACAGCGGAGCGGUUAAUCUUUGGAUGAAGUUCGUUGAACAGUAUGGGAUCAAGGGUUACACAAUGGGGCCAGGCUGUGCGAUUCCAGAUCAUAAAACCAUCAAAGAAUUCCUUCGGUGGUACAGUCAUUUAGCGCAAAGGCUGUUUGGUGGAUUUGAAGAGAAACUGCAAAUCAAGAUCGUGUUGGAAGACCGGAAAGAGAUAUCCAGUUGGAUAAAGAGAACGUUGACAGAAAAUGAAGAAAUGGUUGAGAACGUCGAGGAUCCUGAUCACAGCUUUACGAAGAAGGACUUUCUCCGAAUGAUAUCCUCUAUGUGGCAAGCGGAUCAUCGCAUUUUUAUGCCCGGGUUGCUCAAGGCUAUCAUGACGUUAGCGCUUCAAUUAUACCUCUUCACCGGAGCAAGGAUUGGAGCAUUCAUACCGGCCCAUGAGGACAGAGACCAGAGAGGCCUAAGAUAUAAGCACAUCGAUCUAGUCCUCUUUCCAUCUUCUACGGCACCUUGGAAAGUUGAAUGGAAAAUUAACAAAGUGUGGCUCAAAGGGAACCGAAAUCCAGACUAUACAGUGUUCGGAAUCGGUAUCCGUGACACCAAGAGACCACAAUUCGCUUCGGGUUAUAUUCUCUUAGCUAUUGCCCUCCAGCACGGUGCCUUGUAUGGCAUUGAAACGGUUGAAGACUUUGCCAGGUUUGAUCUUUCAAGCGGAGAACACAUUGAAUUACGCUGGAAGGAGGAGUUUCUAGAAAAGCCUGUUCUCAGAAAUGUCACAGCUGAUGGCCCGCAAGAUGUUCCACUCCACAAAGAACGGUUUUGCGAAUUACUGAGAGGAAUAUUUACGACCGCUGGAUACAACAAGAGUCUUACCGUUCAUAUAAUUCGAAAGUAUCUCGGAAGCGUGGUUGAAGGUGAGGACACUCAAAGCCCACAAACCGCUAAACGAAACAAAUUUGCUGACUUCAGUACAGGAAAACAUGGUUCUGCCUUGGUAUCUAAAAUAUAUGGCCAUAAAGACGCAGGGACAUAUCCCAAAGAGUAUCUGUUACACUGCUCUUCGAUUGACACAGUCUCAGCCGUUCUCGGAGAAGAAGAGCAGUCGAGUCAUAUCGAGUACUUCCAAGGCUUUGAGAGGUUUUAUGAGCGUGGACUUCCAGGGGAACUGCCGGCUGGAAUUGAGGCGAGUAUCCUGCAGAUGCCAGAAGUGGUCGAUAUCAGACGUCGAAUCAAGCAGCUUGAAGCAUCAAACAGCGACAAAAGGGUUACAGCUGCCGAGAAGCUGAACUACAGAAAAACCUUGAUUCGACUCCACCUUGCAAGUCUAAAGGAAUACCAGAACCGCUGGGUACGAGAGAAACGAGACCAGAGGAUUCUCAAUAGGGGCAAAGCAGAGCUGGUAAUAAGUGAAAACGACGUUUCCACGCGGGCUCAAUCCUUACUUAUGCCCGAACUUGCCCACAUUUCAACUCUCAUGUCUUCUGAUAGGGAGCUCUCGUUCGAUGAAAUGCUCCUUUUCGUGGACGACCUAAAAACCUAUUGUGAACGCGAUUUCGACGUUGCUUAUCUUCCACUGGAAAGCCCCAUCCAAGAUCGCUGCCCUGCUAGAGAUUGUCUCAAGGAAAUCAAAUGUAUGAAAAAGUCUGACAGAAGUGCUCAUAUUCACAACUGUGUUCGACGUGAGAUGGCUCUAGAUCUUAAAAUCUCAGAACCGGAGUUGAAAUUCUGUUACGAGUGCAUGGAAUGGUUCCAAUCAAGUCAAUGGCGAGAUCACUGCUCUUCUCAUAUUCAGUCAUGGAGGACACAGCAUUGCGAAGUGAUUGUAUACCGAAACACAGUGAUCCGGCCUGGCUACUGCCCCUUUUGCUUGUGGAACAUAGGCCUCGAAGCAGAAGACCAAUUACAUCAGUGGUUGAAAAGUGGCAAUCUGAAGCAACACAUUGAAGAAAAGCAUAUGCCUGAAAACGAGGAGUCUGGAGCGGAGCCAGUUUGUGGAUGUGGCCAAGCUUUUGCUGAUGAGCGUGACCUUCGACAUCAUUUGCAUGACUCCCACAAACUGAACAAAGCUAUUUGGUCAAAUCCAAAGCCUCCGAGAAAAAGAAAGCGUCCCAGUAAGGCAGAAGCGCAAUAUUAUUUCAUGAAGCAACAUGAGCAGCUUCCGAAAAAGCUCCGCUUUUACCGCUACCCACCUCCGCGACUUGAACAUGACUAUCAAUUGCCAGAAAACACAACCCUGCCCGUUCCCACAUUGCACUCGUUCGUCGAGGAACAUUCGGAGCACUUCAAAUGGCUUGGCGAGUAUGCAUUGAAGCCGAAAACUCUCUGGAGCGGAAAAGGGAAAGAGAAGAUUCUCUGGGAACACCAUGGUUCCACCUCAAAAACCAAGCGCAGCACCCUCGAGCCCGACCUUCUCGGUGCAGAGCGGUUUAUCCCAAUCUACAACGCCACCGAGUUCGUGGACGAUGGCUGGGAUACACCGACUGGUCUCUUGGCCCCUCGUUCCCUACAGAAGCGCAAGACUCCCGAGGAGGUUGCCGCGUUUGGUCUUAACAAGGGCUUCUUCACCUGCAAUGACGGGGGUCAGUGCGAGAACGGCGGGUGUGACGGUGAUACCUGCGAAUGGAAGCCCAAGCCGCCGAGCCUGACCCGACGUGCCGACGAUGAUGACGGCGACCCGAUGGACGUCGACUCCAGUCAGAGCUGCAUUGGCUCCAUCCCUGCCGUGAUGUACAACUGCAAGUACUUCCCGGACCACCGGGUGCAAGACAGAGAAAUCCACGGUAUUUGCCAUAAUGUAUUAAAGUUCUUCACAGACGAGGGUCUGGGUACGGGACCCUUCACAGCAACAUUCCAUAUGAACAAACAGGGUGCCCCAGACACCAAUCGACAGUGGGUGUGCGGUGCCAAGUCCAAGCACAAGUACAAGUACGUCGAUGAGAAUGGUGUGGAACAGGAAAAGGACAAAUCGUGGAAGGACGAAUGUGUGGACAAUUCAAGGGUGCUCUCCGCGUUGACUGGUACUCCCAUCGGCGCCAACGGUAAUAACAACUGGCUCAGCUGUGACGAGUUCCCCUGGAACGCGAUGGAAGAAGGCGGGAAUCCGAAUAAGAACAGUCGGACGUGUGUGCCGGGUUAG